UGAGGAUGGGGGUACUGGUUCAAGGAACCCUUGUCAAUACAAGUUCUGUCCUCAAACGAAACCAGGAAAGAACCGCCACCACAUCCAUCGUUUAUUGUGCUCCUGACAAAGAUCCAUGUUCAUCAAACCCCUGCAGUCAAGCCAAGGAGUGCUACGCACAUCCGUACAACCAGGGAUACGAUUGCGACUGUGCUUUCGGUUACUACGGUGACGAGUGUCAGAAAAACGGGAAAAUGGGUGGGAUUCUCGACAAUGAAGGAAAGCUCUUGUUGUUCAAGAUGCCGACAUUUGAGUUAGAACACGAGAUACUGAUAGCUCCUCCCGAUCCAAUGAUAGUGCAAUACAAAUUUUACACGGUCUACGAUCGCCUGAAUGAUCUGGUCUACGUUGCGGCGAAUGAUGUCUUCUACCGUGGCCGACCAAGGGCUUCUGGCCACUUUGAGCGUUUCAACAACUUCACCGAAAUGUAUCCCGGAAAAGGAAGGAGUAUAUUGCUUGGCAACAAUUCUACCUGGUUAUAUCUGGGUAACAGCGACUCCGGUCUCAUAACGCGCCACCAGCUUCCGGAUAUGCUACAUGAGGAGACAAUCUACCAUGGAAUCCUCAACACUAGGCCUACACCAGAGGAUACUCCUAUUCAUCCUGGUCCAUUCGUCAUGGCCAUUUCACACAUCCGUAGAUUACUUUUCUGGAUAGAUUCGAAAGGGAUAAUGAGCUGCACCGUAGACGAUUGUAUGAACACUGCUGACCGUGUUCAUUUAUUUUCCGAGGAAAAAUAUCCAGCAGGAGUAGCUAGAUGCAGUCUCGUCGUGGAAGAUAAAAUUGGCAAGAUAUUUUGGUCUGACUAUCUUUCAACUGAGGAAGGCUAUCCCCAAGAUAUCCUAAUGGCAGAUUUGGAUGGCAAGCGGGUUCAGACGGUGUGGAAACGUACUUCCAACUUCAAGCUGAUGGUGUUUACAAUAUGGAACGACUGGCUUGUAGCCUACGAAUUUGAGUCGUUUCGAUUCUGGAUGAGUAGAUUCCGGAGUCACAUCGCCGAGUCAAGUAAUGGAACCGCUCUGCCGUGGAAGUGGUUCCAGUCUACGUUCCAAGGAAUACAUUACAUAACUGAAAUGGUUUCAGUUUAAAGUUCUCAUGGCGGUGUAAUAAUUUAUGAAAAUAUACCUGUUUUCCUAUGAGAGUGUUUUAGGCAUCUUUAUUAAGUACGUUCAUCGUCAAAGUUUUUAAUCUGUUGUGGAUUUCUUCCUAUAAUCCUUGAAUCGCUUUGAUUAUUUCAUCAAGAUGGAGAGUACUCUAUAUUACUAUAAAUAAUUAUUAUCAUUACCCAGAAUUUAUUUUUUUUAAUAUUCUGUGCUCAAUACUAAUUUUAUACCUAGAUCAGAUUACAAAGUCAAACCUUUUUGUGUAGGCCUAUAAUUCAUUUAUCUUGAAGUUGUAGUUAGUGCCCUUCCUAAUCACAUAUUGUUGGUGUUAUAUUAUCGCCUUGAUUAAUCACCAUUUAAAAUCACACUGUUGAUGUAACUGUUGAUGUUUAAUACUCCCUUUUUCAACCCUUGAUUAUAAGGUUUUGAUAUUUCAAUCUUUAUGUAUUAUAUUAUUAUAUAUAAAUAUACCAUUUUUA